CCUAGAGGUUUAAGCCUUUCCCUGGCAGCCUAACUCGCAGCUGGGCUGAGCUGAAUUGGUUUCAUACUGCUGAUCAAUCUAUGAACCAGAAAAACAGCUUCACUUGUAAAGCCCCUGGCAGUUUCUCUAAUUAGAAAAGGGAUAGAAGCAGACAUAAUUUAGGCCAUUAAACAAUUCGUCCUCUUCAUCCUGUACAAAAGCCGGUCCAGAAGUAAACUUCACAAUGCUGCAGUACUAUCUAAGGAAUAUGCAGGUUCCUGUGCAAAGACCUGAUUAUUUGUUGGUCGAGACUGUGCCACCAGUGGCAGAGGGUGGUACUUAUGAUGUGGUGGAGACAAUGCAGUUUUUGUAUGUCAAUGUUGUGAAGGCAAAGGAUCUUCCGGGGACGGAGAUAUCAGGAAGUCUUGAUCCAUAUGUGGAAGUGGAGGUUGGGAGUGAUAAAGGGAUCGUUACAAAGAACGUAAAGAAGAACCAAAAUCCCGUAUGGGAAAGCGUUAUUGCUUUCUCCAAGGAAAGACUGCAGUCCAAUUUGAUUGAAGUAACUGUCAGAGACAAAUAUACUGACCUAGAGGGAAAUUUUGUAGGAAGGGUAUCAUUCGACGUAACGAAAGUUCCUCUUAGAUGUCAGCCAGAAAGUCCAAUAGCUCCUCAGUGGUAUAAAUUGGAGGAUGAAGACAGUCAAAGGAUCAAAACGGGGGAGAUUAUGCUUGCGGUUUGGAUGGGAACGCAAGCGGAUGAGGCCUUUACUGAGGCAUGGCACUCCGAUGCUCAGAGCUUUAGCAGAUGGAGUCAAGUUGAUACACGGUCAAAAGUUUAUUUUUCGCCAAAUUUAUAUUACCUGCGUAUUCAUGUUAUCGAGGCUAAAGAUCUUAUAUCCUCUGAAAUAGGUAGGCAACCGGCUGCAUAUGUGAAGGUAGAUGUUGAGAGUGAAAGCGGUAAAACAGAGCCAUCAAAAGAGAGAACCAAUAGUCCAGUAUGGAAUUCUGAAAUGAUGUUUGUAGUGUCUGACCUUUCUGAUGGAUGCAUAUUUAUAGCGGUUGAGGACAAGGUUGGACCAGGCAAGGAAGAGGUAAUUGGAAGGCUAGUGAUACCUGUUAGAGAAGUUCCACGUAGAGGGGAAAACAAUAAGCUUCCUGAUGCUCGAUGGUUCAACCUCCAAAAUCGUUCGGUGACUGAAGGAGAAGGAAAGACGAAGAAGGAAAAGGUAAAGUUUUGCAGCAGAAUAUGCCUUUCCAUCUGUAUAGAUGCUGGUUACCAUGUUGCGGAUGAGCCGGUUGAAUUUAGCAGCGAUUUUCAGCCUUCUGCAGAACAUUUGAGAAGGUCUAGCAUCGGCUUUCUGGAAUUGGGGAUUUUGAGUGCUCAAAAUCUGCUACCAGUGAAGAUGAAUAAUGAUGGUAUAAGUACACGAACUGAUGCUUAUUGUGUGGCCAAGUAUGGUAACAAGUGGGUAAAGACAAGGACAAUUCUUGAUACUCCGACACCUCAUUGGAAUGAAAAGUAUACUUGGGAAGUAUACGACCCUUGUACUGUGAUUACAAUUGGUGUUUUUGACAAUUGCCAGAUCAGUGGAUGCAAAGAGAAUGUGAAAGAUCAAGGGAUUGGUAGGGUGAGAAUUCGGCUUUCAACCUUGGUAAUGGGUAAGAUUUAUGCAUAUCGUUAUCCUUUACUCGUUGUUGGACCCCGUGGUUUCAGGAAGCAAGGGGAACUACAUUUGGCAAUUCGAUUCACUUGCACAGCUUGGAGGAACAUGGUGACACAAUACUGUCGGCCUCUGUUGCCCAAGAUGCAUUUUCUUGAACCCAUAACUGCAAGGCAACUUGACAGGAUGCAGUAUCAAGCAGUAAAGAUUGUGGCUGAGGUGCUAGAUGGAGAAGAGCCGCCUCUCUGCAAGGAGAUAGUGCAAUAUAUGUUGGAGUAUUGGAGCGACCGAUAUAUGUCGGACAAUUGGAUCCUGCCCAUGUCUCUUAGGAAAAUCAAAGCUAACUUUCAUCGCAUAUCAUCACUUCUUUCUGGGAUAUCAGCUAUUUCUCAAUGCUUCCAUGAUAUCUGUCACUGGAAAAAUCCAUUGACAACCAUCCUUGUGCAUGUAUUGUUCUUCAUGCAGGUCCGCUAUCCACUAUCAAUCAUGCCCAACAUUUUCCUCUGCUUUGCUGUCAUUGGCUUAAGAAACUAUCGAUUCAGGCCUAGACAUCCACUUCACCUGGAUGCUCAGCUUUCUUUGGCUGAAGCUGUUGAUGAAGAUGAAUUGGAUGAGGAGGUCGAUACUUUCCCAACUUCUCAGCGAGGUGAUGGAGCGAGGAUGAGAUACGACCGCCUGCGGAGUGUUGCAGGUUUGAUUUUUCAAACUACAGUGGAAGAUGUGGCAAUGCAAGGGGAAAAGGCUCUUUCCAUAGUAAGUUGGAGGGAUCCAAGGGCCACAGUCAUAUUUAUCAUAUUUGCCUUUUUCUGUUCUCUGGUCUUUUAUGUUGCUCCUAUGCUAGUAGUUCAGCUCACUGGGCUGUACUUGCUUCGACAUCCUUUGUUUCGGAGCAAAGUUCCAUCUCCAGCAGUCAAUUUCUUCAGUAGAUUACCUACCAAAUCGGAAAUGCUGCUAUGAGAUGGCAACUUUUUUGCCUGCCAACAUAUCUGAGUAGAAAAAACCAGAAAGGGAAGCAACUGUUUUCCUACUUUCAUAUCGAUGUCUUCCUUUUUCUUUUUCCCUUCUUCCUUGACCUGUUCCCCGAUGGAAAAGGAUAUUCAAUCGGAGUGAGGUGUCAUAAGCAGGAUAAAGACAAUUUUUUUUAAAACACAUAUAUUUGGUGAAUCUUAAGCAACUUUCUUCACGGGUCCUCUCUUCAAUUUCCUUUUUGCUGCAUUUACUAGGGUAUGAAUUUGAAAACUAUAAAUUAACAGCUAACUGGAUUGACAAAAGUGUACAGAGAAACAAUGGAAUGAGAUGUGUACAGCUUGGUAUCUUGAAAUUGAAUCAUUCUGAUAAAGGGGAGAGCUUAUAUGAGUCAAAGAAUAUGACCAUUGUCUUGAUUGAGGCCAUGAAAUUCACAGCAUCUACAUGUUGUGGCUCCAGAUGAACUAGAGUGGUAAGUUGAAGACCCAAAGGGUCCUGCAUUCAGAAUCAAAGUAAAACGAAAACUGGCAAGAAGUAGCCCUGCAAAACAUUGACAUCACUUUCAAGCUAAAGUACUAUAACUCCAAGGGCCUCACUCUCUCUCUCUCUUGAAAUUCUGUUGUACCACUUCAACUACAAUGCACCUUUCUUUCAUUCAAGGGAAAAAAACGUUACUUCUUUCUUUAAUAGUUCGCUCAUCAUUAAUCCUUGUCCCCAUCAACCACCCCCUCUGCACCCUGACUUGCCCUUUUUUUAAUGGCAUUUGCGAGGCAGUCUGCAUCCCCUCUUCCUACCUGUCUUAUAAUCAACACCCAGUCGCCCCCUCCAAAGAGGUGAGAAAUUUUUAGGUGAUACUGGUCAUCUGAGUCUAAUCAUGCUACAGGGUGUCAUUGGAGUCAAUGAUGAUUUGAGGUGAAUUAAUGAUCAAAAUCAAACCACCAUUAAACUGUGCAGUUUCCAACCACGGGAAUAAGAUGUAAUGGUUAGAUGAGUGAUUUUUGUCACUGACCCUUCUAUAUUCAGGCAUGUGUAAUUAACUGUCCUGGGAAAAGAAAGAUGAGUGACAGGUAAAGGCACAGCUGUUUGAUAUGGCUGAGCUAUCAAUCCUCUAUAACAAUUCGCCAGAAAGCAUGAUCCCAAAAGGAAAAAAAAAAAAUCACAGAGGAUCCCUAUGCCACGAUACUUGAAAUUCCCAAUGGAAACCAAACUUGAAAUCAGCAGUUGUAAUGGAUAUUUGCAACCAUUUCAGUCCACCUAUCAUGAAAACCAAGUUCUCAGUGUAUCAAACGGUGAAUUCCAGAUCAAAAUGAUCACCUAAUCUCCCAAAUAUCCCCAAUCCCAUUACUCAAGCACAUUUUACCCCAGAGCUAUCAAAUAUUAACACAGUACCAUACCAUCAACCCUGCAUUAACCACUUUGUUCUAAAUAAAAAACAAUCCGAAGAAAAUCAUUUCAAACAAAACUAACCGUAUACCUUCAAUGCGGAAUAAGAAUCUGUGGUUCUAUGUAUUCAAGUCUCCAUCAAGGUUCAUAUAUAUUGACACCAGUAGCUUUCAUGAUUCAUACAGAUACUUAAGCCAAUUGAGACAAAUAAAAAGUUACCCUUCAAGUCAACUAAUUUCCAUUUUUCAGUCCAAAAUCUGCCAUGAAAAGCCCUUGAACCAUAAUCAUUUCCAUAAAUAAGGCUAUUACUUGGAUGCACGUCAUUUUUCCAAGCAAAUAUGUUUAAAUUAGGAUAGUUACCCAAAACAAAUUGACAUGGAAAUCUAACUGCUACCUGAAAAAUUGGGAAUGCUGCACUGGGCCAUGAAACUGCCUAAGGUAAACAAGCAUAGCUAGUGAUUUGGUACAAAAUUUAGUCAUCACAAUCAGAAAAGACUCUGUCACAAUGCGUUGCGUACCUCAUUUUAAACAAGAAUCAAAUAUUUAUUACUUAAACCUCCAAACGUCGAAGGCAUUUAACAGCUUUCAGUGCAAACCAAGUGGAACAAAGUGAUGUCUAUAAACAUGUUGAACAUUGGAAAUCAUAAAAUUAGAAACUUCAUUCCAACUAUCUAUGAGAAGCCACAAAUUGGAAAAGAAACACUUCUACCAAGGACAUAUAACAUCAGUAACAUUUUUUAAAGAGAUUGUGUCUUAUAAUUGCAUUUUUAUCAUUAAUUUCCUUUCAUUCCUUUAU